AUGAUGUGGAGAGACACUUUAUCCCUGGUUGAUGAGGAGGACCCUUGCGUGAAAGUAUCUCUUAUGAGCAGCGAGAUGGGUGCAUCUGCCCAUCCACAGUCUUCCAAGGCAGGGACCACAAGAUCUUUCAUCAGUGAUGCUCAUCGUUCAGGAAUACUCCAGGGUUUUGACCAACUUCGAACAGAAGGUCUGCUUUGCGAUGUGACACUGAUGCCAGGUGAUGGAGAGGAAGCCUUUCUUGUUCAUAGGGCACUGAUGGCAUCAGCUACCGAUUACUUCAAAGCCAUGUUCACAGGUGGGAUGAAAGAACAAGACUUAAUGUGCAUUACGCUCCAUGGGGUGAACAAAACAGGUUUAAAGAACAUCAUAGAUUUUAUUUAUACUGCCAAACUUUCUCUCAAUAUGGACAAUAUUCAGGACACUUUAGAAGCUGCCAGGUUUUUACAAAUCUUGCCAGUGCUGGAUGUCUGCAAAUUGUUUCUGAUGUCUGGGGUUUCCUUAGAAAACUGUGCUGAAGUGGGGCAGCUUUCCAAGACGUACAACCUCACCGAAGUGGAUCAAUAUGUGAACAAUUACAUCCUCGAGAACUUUCCUGCGUUCUUAAGGACUGGUGAGUUUGUACAACUCCCUUUUGAGCGCCUCGUCUUGGUCCUGUCAAGCAAUAGCCUGAAGUGCUGCACAGAGCUGGAACUCUUCCAGGCUGCCUGUCACUGGCUGCAUGCUGAGGAGUCGCGGAUGGAACAUGUGGCAAAGCUCAUGAAGCACAUCCGGUUCCCUCUGAUAGCCCCACAGGAUCUCCUCAACCACGUGCAGACGGUGGAUUUCAUGAGGACUGACAACGCAUGCGUGAACUUGCUCCUGGAAGCCAGCAACUACCACAUGAUGCCCUACAUGAAGCCCUCUCUGCAGUCGGCAAGGACGGCCAUCCGCUCGGACAGCACCCACCUGGUCACAUUGGGUGGAACGUGGUGGCAGCAGGAGCAGUUGGCGGUCAGUAAUGAACUGUGGAUGUAUGACGAGAAAGUGCACAAGUGGUGGGCUCUGCAGCCCAUGGACGAGCCCCGGUGCCAGUACGGCAUUGCUGUGAUUGAGAACUUUCUUUACGUUGCUGGUGGUCAGAGUCAUUAUGAUGCAGGUGGCAAGAUGGCAGUUGACACUGCAUUUAGGUUUGAUCCACGCCAUAAUGAGUGGAUGCAAGUGGCGUCUUUGAAUGAAAAGCGAACUGACUUUCACCUAAGUGCUCUUAAAGGACAUCUGUAUGCAGUCGGUGGCCUGAAUGCAGCUAGCCAGUUAGCCACGGUGGAGUGCUACAAUCCAAGGAUGAACAAAUGGAGCUAUGUGGCCAAAAUGAAUGAGCCCCUCUAUGGCCAUGCAGGAACUGUGUAUGGGGGCCUGAUGUACAUUUCGGGAGGCAUUACCCGUAGUACUUCUCAGAAGGAACUCAUGUGCUUCGACCCCGAUACAGACAAUUGGACUCAGAAGGCUCCAAUGACUACAGUCAGGGCCCUUCACUGUAUGUGUACUGUUGGCGACAAACUAUAUGUCAUUGGUGGAGGCCAUUUCAGAGGAACCAGUCACUUUGAUGUUCUAAGAUGUGAAUAUUACUCGCCAGCCCUAGACCAGUGGACACCAAUUGCUGACAUGCUCUAUGGUCAGAUUGAUGUUGGGGCGGCUGUGUUAGAAAAUAAAAUCUACGUGAUUGGAGGAUAUUCAUGGAACAACCACUGUAUGGUGGAAAUAGUUCAGAAGUAUGAACCGGAAAAGGAUGAGUGGCACAGAGUCUUUGACCUCCCAGAAUCCCUUGGGGGCAUACGGGCCUGCACACUGACAGUGUUCCCUCCUAAGGACCAUACAGAGUCACCUUCUAGAGAACCUCCUCUUUUGGCACCUUGA